CGCCUCCGGAGCGGCUCCCCCUGCGGCUGCCGGGCGCUGCCGCCGCGCCCGGGACGGGCUGAGCAGGAGACUCGGGGGCGAGGAUAUUUUAAAGAUGGUUUGGCUGCCAUUGAGACUUGGAGAUCUGAUGCCACAAUGAGGACUCACACACGGGGGGCUCCCACUGUGUUUUUCAUACAUGUGGUUUGCUUUGCUUUGGCCUCCAGCACCGAUGAGAAUCCAAGCGCUGUGAUUCCUUUUGUCAACGCCAACUACGACAGCUACCCCAUGCUGUACUUUUCUAAAGGAGAGGUGGAGGAUUUGCGGAUCAAGGCUGCCACUACACAUCAGCACAUUGCAGCUCAUCUGACUGAGGCAGUUCAGACCAUGCUAUCCAGUCCCCUGGAGUAUCUUCCUCCCUGGGAUCCCAAGGAGUUCAGUGCUCGGUGGAAUGAAAUUUAUGGCAACAAUCUGGGUGCCCUGGCAAUGUUCUGUGUGCUCUACCCCAAGAAUAUUGAAGCCAUAAACAUGGCCAAGGAUUACUUGGAAAGGAUGGCGGCUCAGCCUAGUUGGUUAGUGAAGGAUGCUCCAUGGGAUGAGGUCCCUCUUGCUCACUCUUUGGUUGCGUUUGCCACUGCUUAUGACUUCUUGUACAACUACCUUAGCAAGACUGAACAGGAAAGAUUUCUUGAGGUGAUUGCUAAUGCCUCAGGAUAUAUGUAUGAAACAUCAUACAGGCGUGGAUGGGGUUUUCAGUACCUACAUAACCAUCAGCCUACCAACUGCAUGGCCCUGCUGGCAGGAAGCCUGGUUAUGAUGAAUCAAGGCUAUCUUCAGGAAGCGUACUUGUGGACUAAGCAAGUGCUGUCAAUCAUGGAAAAGUCUAUAGUCCUGCUGCGAGAAGUUACAGAUGGAUCCCUCUAUGAAGGAGUGGCUUAUGGCAGUUACACCACCAGAUCUCUCUUUCAGUACAUGUUUCUUGUCCAAAGGCACUUUGACAUCAACCACUUCAAUCACCCGUGGCUUAAAGAGCACUUUGCAUUUAUGUAUAGAACUGUCCUGCCAGGAUUUCAGAGAACUGUGGCAAUUGCAGACUCCAACUAUAACUGGUUCUAUGGGCCAGAGAGCCAGUUGGUGUUUCUAGACAAAUUUGUCAUGCGCAACGGCAGUGGGAAUUGGUUGGCAGAUCAGAUCAGAAGGAAUCGAGUGGCAGAAGGCCCCGGGACUCCAUCCAAAGGGCAGCGGUGGUGCACUCUUCACACUGAAUUUCUCUGGUAUGAUGCAAGCUUGCACUCCGUACCUCCACCGGAUUACGGUAUUCCAAAGCUGCAUUAUUUUGAGGACUGGGGAGUUGUAACAUAUGGAAGUGCAUUGCCAGCUGAAAUCAACAGGCCCUUCCUCUCCUUCAAAUCUGGAAAACUGGGAGGUCGUGCAAUAUAUGAUAUUGUUCAUAAGAAUAAGUACAAAGAGUGGAUCAAAGGGUGGAGGAACUUCAAUGCUGGCCAUGAGCACCCUGAUCAGAACUCCUUUACCUUUGCUCCCAAUGGUGUACCUUUCAUAACAGAAGCCUUGUAUGGGCCAAAGUAUACCUUCUUAAACAAUGUGUUGAUGUUUUCUCCAGCUGUGUCAAAGAGCUGCUUCUCUCCAUGGGAAGGGCAGGUUACAGAGGACUGUUCAUCAAAGUGGUUGAAAUACAAACAUGACCUGGCUGCAGACUGCCAGGGGAGAGUAGUCGCCGCUAUGGAGAGAAAUGGAGUGGUUUUUAUCAGGGGAGAAGGAGUGGGUGCUUACAACCCAAAACUGAAGUUGAAAAACUUCCAAAGAAACCUUCUACUUCUGCAUCCCCAGCUUUUGUUGCUUGUGGACCUAAUUCAUCUUGAAAAUGAUAGCCCCCUGGAGGUAGCCACCAGCUUCUUCCACAAUGUGGAUGUGCCUUUUGAAGAGACUGUUAUUGAUGAUGUCCAUGGGGCUUUUAUUAGGCAUCAAGAUGGGAUAUAUAAGAUGUACUGGAUGGAUGACACUGGCUACAGUGAGAAGGCUACUGUUGCCUCAAAAAUGUAUCCCCGGGGCUACCCAUAUAAUGGAACAAACUAUGUGAAUGUUACAACCCACCUGCGGAACCCAAUCACCAGAGCAGUUUACCUCUUCAUAGGACCUUCCGUAGAUGUCCAAAGCUUCAAUGUCCAUGGAGAUUCUCAGCAACUGGAUGUCUUCAUAGCCACCAGUGAGCAUGCCUAUGCCGUUUACCUGUGGACUGGUGAGGAUGGAGGCCAUUCUGUCUUUGCACACAUUAUUGCAGAUCGCCAAAAAAUUCUAUUUGACCAAACCUCUACCAUAAGGAACUCUGCUGUAUCAGAGGUGAAAGAUUAUGUUCAGAUUGUGGAGCAGAAUCUUCAGCAUUUCAAACCUGUCUUCCAGCAGCUUGAGAAACAGAUUCUGUCCCGUGUGCGGAACACAGAUAGCUUUAGAAAGACUGCUGAACGCCUGCUGAGAUUUUCAGAUAAGAGACAGACGGAAGAAGCCAUUGAUAGGUUAUUUGCUAUCUCCCAGCAGCAGCAACAGCAGCAAGGCAGGGCAAAGAAAAGCAAAAAGGUAGCCAAAGGCUACAAGUUUGUCGAUGCCGUUCCUGACAUCUUUGCACAAAUUGAAGUAAAUGAAAGAAAAGUGCGACAGAAGGCACAGACUCUGGCACAAAAAGAGUUACCAGUAGAUGAAGAUGAGGAAAUGAAAGACCUUUUAGAUUUUGCAGAUAUUACUUAUGUGAAGCACAAAAAUGGUGCAUCAAUCAAAGGCCAAUCUGGCCUGGAACAAAUGGUGAGCACUGCUCGAAGCAGUGCUCCAUUGAUAUCGGCUUCUUAUACCCGCCUCUUCCUAAUUCUAAACAUUGUUAUAUUCUUUGUCAUGUUGGCAAUGCAGCUGACCUAUUUCCAAAAGGCCAAGAGCCUACAUGGUCAAAGAUGGCUUUAUGCAAUACUUUUAGCUGACAGCUGUGUAUUAUUGUGGCUGUAUUCUUCUUGUUCCCAGUCACAAUGUUAGCAAAAGAUCAUGUACUGCUUGACCUGUUUAUGGUCAUAUCAGUCUAUGCAAAAGAAUUAACCCUAAUAGGGCCAUAGUUUGUUUUUUCCUUUUCUGAAACAUUCCAGGAAACAGCUAAGGGAAGGUUGAUUUCACCCCAUGAGGGAAGAGGGGAAAAUAAUGCAUUUUUGAGAGACCUAAGUGUUCUUCAUCUGUGCUUUGGUUGCGUUUGACAUCUGAAGAAUAUUAUGCUUUGUUCAUUAAAGCACAGUCUGUGAAACUGUAAUUAAUUUCUACCAAAAAAAAAAAAGAGCCUUCUUUAAGGGGUGAUUUGUUUCCUAAGAUCCUUGAUUUUAUACACAAUUGUUUUUGCAUAGUAUUACUUUCAGGCUUCUAAAGAUGCCUAUGACAGGUAGGUAGGAAAUGGUUUUCCUGCUCCAUGAAACUGUUUGAGAUAUCAAAAAAAGUUCCUGUUCCAAAUUGGGACAUAAAAUGACCAAACCUUGAAAAUAUCCAUGUAUCAAAAAUCCACACACCCCCCCAAAUUUGGGGUUUGAAAAUGUAGAAA